AUGUUUUGGAAAAGAGGCGCACAUGCCGCAGGCUUUGCAAGGUGCCGAAACUUCUCGAAUCUUCGGAAACCACCCCCGAGUUCGCCCAUACCCAGACCUCAUUCUGCUGAUCACACCCAUGAACCAUUACACGAUGACCCAACGCCGGCGUCAACGGAGAAUCGAGCUAAAUUCGACAGCUCCCCCCAUUAUAUUCAACAAUUAGAGAAUGUUAAGGUACUAGGCAAACCGGCCCAUGUCGUCAUAGUGGAUAAUAAGCCCCGUCGCCCGCGAGAUGUCGCGCAGGCGGCUAACGGCAAGAGUUCAUGGAAGAGUCCGACGGAGUUACUAAAGGACUUGCAUAAUGAAAGGGUUGAAUUCGAGCUUGAGGAUAUAGAGAAGAACCUCGACCAUCUUCGCGCUCUAUAUAACCCUGGUGAUGCCCUACUGCCGAAAGAUUGGAGGCAUCUUCACAACACGCUCAGUGAUGGGUUCACAUUCGAGCAAUUAAGAAAGUACUACCAAAAUUCUGAGCGAAAUACAGAAUUUGAAAAACCAGGUGAAUGGAGGGCUGGAAAAUCUUCCUACUUGGACCAGCCUCCAGCUCCCCAAGGUCGGGUUACGAGCCGAAUCCCAGCUUUCAAGGAGAUGGGACCCAAGAAAAAGUUGGUCGAAAGAAUACUAAGAGAGUCUUGGGAAUUGUCUAUUGAUGGGGAGGAGGGACAGCUUGACAUUCAUUUGGACACGCGGCCAAUGUCAGUACUACUGCUCCCAACCAUACCGCUCCUGAACAUGUUCGCCGAAUCCCACAAAGUCAACAUCGACGUGUCGCGACAUCUCGGGUUAAUACGAAUAACGGGAAGCAGGGAAGCGUGCAUAGGGACAAGUCAGCAGCUUAAAGAAUGGGCUUCUGAUGUCCGGUCGAUAGAUACUGGUCUCUCCGUUGCGCAACUAAAAGCUACCGCAGACUUGAACUAUUGGGAAAAUACUCUUCUCCCAUGGUUACAAAGCGAAUACAACGUAUCAUUCGAUAUAGGUCGGGAACACAGCGCUGUGAGUAUCCACUACUUCCAUGACAAUGAGUUUAAUGCGCACCGAGCACGAAGGACACUGUAUCUGGCUGCAUCUUCUCUCCAUCAAAAGGGCGGGUUAUUUACAAAUCUUACGAACUCUGAGAAUGCCCACUUAUACCCUGUGUUCUAUUCCGAUUCCAUGGAACUUCCGAACAGACAGAAGGAAUGGUUUAGAUGGAUAAAAUCAGGAGAUAGUGAUGGGAGGGUUCCUGGAAGGCCUCCAGCUUCUAUCUAUGGAAAAGGGUCCGUGAAACCUUUCCAUAAACUUCUAGAGCUUCUGUUCGAUGAAGAUGAUUUGAGAAAUCAAAGGUUGCUUGACCAACAUCGCACACGCGAAGUUAUUAAAGCGUCUGUCGGACAGUGCUUGUUCGAAGGUCAACCUACACAUGAUCCUGGACAGGCAUCAUUUCCUAAUAUCGAGGGUUUACAAACACCAAGGAUUUUUAUCAACGAAGUACCGAAUACCCUUGCAUUUCUGGACUCUUUGGAAGCUGCUGCAAGCGAUGAUAGGCAAACUAUCUUCCGUAUCCGGCUUCUGCCCUCCCGUAAGGAGCAGUCGUUCUUACCAGAACUUGAGCUUGAGCUAGAGGCUGCCUCGACAGAAGACAGUGAGGAAAUAUCAACAACUCCGACAAUCCAGAACAUAAGCGCCAUUGUCAGCAGCCGGGAUGUGGAUAUGCUUCUACCUGAGAGCCCCGUGGAUAUCCGGUUCAACAAGACGGUUUAUUACAACCUCUUCAACCGGGAUUCUGUCGAAUGUAUUUCUACAGAGGCGGAUAAUGUGUUUCAUUCAAGCCUCCGCCGAUGUGCUGAAGCCUUCAAACUCAACUUCCCUCUCACUCGAAACCAGUCUUCGAUGCCUUUAUUUUGUAACCUUGCGAUUCCCAAAACUUUUGCUGAGCUUCUGGAUCCAGCAAAAGAACCAUCCCAAACGGCACCAGCACAAAGCACACAAGAGCUUGAGUAUGUCACUGGAGAGUAUUACGUCUACCCUCCGGUGCAAUCACUUGCGGAAACUAGGGUCUCGAAAUAUAUAUACAAGGAGCUCGAUCUUACCUUUGGUACCCGGGACAUUGGACCUUAUCUCCCUACAAAGACCACAGAGAUAAGCCUAACUCUUGGGCUUUACGAUAAUGAGCGGCGACCACAGAAUGCUUUGCCUAAUCGGAAACUAAGCUCCUUGCCACAAACUGACUCGUCCAUUGGCUCCCUUCAGUCCGCACUGUUACCAUUUUACCUUCGUUCCUGCCACUUAGCAUUCGGUUUUGCAGCGCUUCAGCAACAGUCCGACCGAGACAUGCCUGACCAACAACCAUUUGAAGAAAAUAUACUCGAGAAGAACCUUGAUUGCCGUGAUACCUAG